AUGGAGGAGCUAAGGUUAAAUAAUGUAAAUGCAAAUAAUUAUUGUGAGGAAGAGAUAGAUUUGUCUGCUAGUGACGAACUGGGAUUAUUUGAAAGAUUUGAAUAUUUGGAUAAGUAUGAGAAUGGAGAUGAUUCUAUGAAUUCAACUUCUACAGCAUUUCCUUCGUGUGAUGGGAGCUCAAAGUCAAGCAGAAAUUUUAAUAGUAUAGAUAAUUUAUGCAUGUUAAUGGGUAAUGGAGGUAAUGCAAUUAAGUCUGGAAUAGUGGGAGGACCAGGAGAUGAAUGUCCGAAAAUGAAAAGCCUGGAAAAUAUUAGUAUGGAGAAUAUUAUAGGCUCAAAAAAGAAAUUUGAACAUUUGAGAUACGAGUGGUUCAUUAAUAAGUUAAUGGAUUUAACAAUGAUGAAGAAGUUGCUUCCCAAUAUGUCAAGAGAUGAAUAUAAUAAAUUCUUUUUGGCUUAUUUAUCUUAUUUAGUUUUGUAUUCAACAAGGAAGCCAUUUUCAGUUGUAAAGCUGCAGAUUCAGGAAGAUUUAUCGCUUUCUACAUCGGUUUUGGGUUGGAUAGAUACAACAUUUUUGGGUUCUUAUGCAUUUGGUCAACUAAUAAUACCAACCAUGUUUGAGACCUUUAAAGUGAAUGAAUACAUUUGUGUAUCAUUUAUUUGUUCAGCAAUUGCAUCAUUAAUAUUUGGCAUUUCUAAAAGCCCGUCUUCUUUUUUACUCUGUUGGUUUUUCAAUGGUUUAUUUCAUGCAGGCGUAUAUCCAAUGCUGGUUAAGUAUUUAAUAGCUUGUUUUGGAGUGAGUGAGAGAGGAAGGAUUUUGGGUGUUUGGACUACAAGCCAACAGGUCGGAGCAAUAGUUUCUACAGCAUUUUCAGCCUUAAUUUGCUUAAAGUUAGGAUGGAGGUCUGUAUUUUACAUUCCAUCUAUUUUCGUAUUUUUUUUUGGUUUGAUUAUAUUUAAAUAUCUAAAGAAGCCAAGAAAUUUGUAUAUUUAUGAUAAUGUAGUAAACAAGGAAUUAAACGAGAAUAGUAUGGUUUUAGUAAUGAUGGAGGAUUCGAAUAACUGUGAUACGGUUGAGAAUGAGACAAAUUUCAAUAGAGUAUUAGAAACAUUUGAGUCAGAAAAGUCUAUUCAGGUUGAAAAAAUUGAAAGAGGAGAAAGCGAGGGAGAAUUAAGAAAUAUGGAGGAAAUAAUAGGAGAGGAAGAAUUGGAUGAUGGUAAUACUGUAUACAGAAGCAUAUUAGAUUCUAGAUGUAAUUCUUUGCUAAUUUCAUCAUCUCAGACAAUAAAUAAAAGAGAAUAUGAAAUUUCUUUGAAUGAAUUAGACGAUUUAGGGUACGAGAACCACCAAACACAAGACAUGUCUGCAAAUUCAAGUUCGAAUGGGGGGAGUAGUAGCCAAUUACUGAUACAAACAACUCUUUCAGAGAAUAUAAAAAAGGAAAGUGGCUCGAAGACUAAAUUACAUAUAGAAGGUAGAGAUAAUUGCACUAAUGAUGGUUUGGGGACAUUAAAAAUAGAAAAACCAGAUUUUAAUGAUCAUAUAAAUUAUGUUUCAGAGUUUUCUCCAACAAAAAAGAAUAGAAAACAUUUUAACGAUAAGUCUAGAUCAAGUGGGAAUGGUGGAUAUUGCAUGCAGAAUUCAAAUUUGGAUGAUUCAAAUAUAAAAGAAAAUAGUAUUCAAAAUGAUAGUUACUCUUCAUUUCAUAUCCAAAACAUGGAUGAUGUAAGCUUUUUGGAAAAAUUAAUAAUAUUGUUAAAAAUACCAAAUAUAACAAAUAUAGCAAUAAGUUACUAUUUCAUAAAAUUGAUUAGAUAUUCAAUGUUAUUUUGGUUACCUUAUUAUUUAAUACGUGAAUUGGAUUAUAGUCCAUCUAUUGCAGGGUAUUCAUCAAUCUUAUUUGAUGUUGGUGGUGUUAUUGGUGCUAUUUCUGCAGGCGCAAUAGCGGAUACAUAUUUUGGAGGGAAAAGAAUUUUGGUUGCUUGUUAUAUGACGAUAUUUGUUUCUCUAAGCCUAUUAUAUUUUAUAAUAAUCACAAAAACAGGAUUAAACCUUCCGAUUUUAUUUGGUAUAACUUUUAUGGGAUUUUGUCUUUCAGGCCCUGAUAGUAUUCUGGGUUCAACAGCAGCUCAGGAUGUUUUUGAUAAAUCUGGUAUUACAACAAAAUCUAUUGAUUCGAUGGCAACUGGCAUUGUUAAUGGGUUGGGAGCAUUUGGUGCUGUCACUCAAGGUACUCUUACCGCCUAUAUUAGUGAGUAUUAUGGCUGGAGUGCUCUUUUCCUUUGCUUAUUAGUUUUUUCCACUUUUUCAUUUCUGAUUCUAAUUCCUGCAUCAUAUACUAAAAAACAAAAACCAGUAGUAUAA